UUUUUUACCACAAAACUUUUUAUACAUAUUAAAAUACUUAACGUAAGUAUGUAUAGACGUAUAUUUAUUCGUUUUCGUCUGUGUUGGUUUAUGGUCUUCCUUCUCUCCGGAAGUGACGAAUCCAUAGUUUGCUCAAGGUAAAUACAUGCGCUUAUGAGGGCAACGCGUUGGGGAGAAGUUUUCUUAGAACUAUCUUCAUCGUCAGCGUGAAGAAAGAUUUUGGCCUGGCGGUAUGAACGAGUCGGCAAACUACCCUCCGCCCGACUUUGGCUUUCCUCCUUCGAAUUCCUUCCAGUCGUUCCAGCAGCAGCAGUCGCACUCGAGUAGCUUCCAUCCCACCAUGUGGAGCUGGAGCGAAACGCCUAUCGAACACAGCUGGGGCUGCGACAGUAGUGUUGGUAGGCACCACGGGUCAGCGGCAAGUUAUGGGUUCUCAUCAAACCGUGGAAACCACGGACCUACACAUACAUACGGUCAAAACUUUAGUCAUGAAUGGCAUCGAGGUGGACAUCAAAGCUACCGAGCUCCCAGCCAUCAUGGAAAAAAGAAAAACAGGAAAGAACCAGAGUAUUCCCAUUUUUGUGACACCUGCGACCGGGGCUUCAAAAACCAGGAAAAGUACAAUGAGCAUGUCUCUCAGCAUGUCAAGUGUUCUGUGGCUGACUGCAGCUUCAUGGCCCAUGAAAAACUUGUCAGCAUACACUGGAAAAAUAACCAUGUGCCAGGAACUAAACGAAUCAAACUGGACACACCGGAGGAGAUUACUAAAUGGAGAGAGGAAAGGCGCAAAAACUAUCCAACACUUGUGAAUAUUGAGAAGAAGAAAAAAGUCCUGGAGGUGCGGGAGGAAACGGGAGCUGUCCUGGAAACAGCUCAGUUUGGACGAAUGAGAGGAAGAGGCAGAGGUCGUGGUUGGAAAAACAGAGGAUUCCAAGGGCGACAUCUGAGACGGCCACACUCAUCGGACUGCAGUGUUACAGAGAAGCCUAAACCACUCACCCACCCAUGCAGGGACGGGGAUCCACUCGGAGCACUAGCCACUAGUGACCAUGAUUCUGACAGAGAGGAGUCCAGGACCAGUGGCUUGGUUGUGGCCCCUAAGAAGAUGAGCUCAGCUCUGGGCUCCCUAGUAGCAAACUACGGAUCCAUGAGUGAAAGUGAUGAGGAACCAGCCACACCCAUUCAGACAGGUAAGGAGCUGGUGCAAGAGAACCAGGACCUUCUAAACUUAAUACCACCCAACCCUCAGAAGAGGGCACCUGCCAGGGGUAGAGAGGCUUUUUUACAGAAUGCAGAGAGACAGAAAAUGGUUCAGACAGAUUCCAGGCUUCACAUGCCCAACAGCAAAGGAGGAAGAGCGGGAAGAGGAAGACUACCACAGUUACAUCGCCCCACUUUGCUUGAAAUGUUACUGGCCCCAGAUAUCCGACACGAGAGGAAUGUCCUCCUGCAGUGUGUACGCUACAUUGUCAGAAACCACUUCUUUGGGCUGGAGAGCAGAUGUCACAACCAGGAGAAAACUGGAAACAAGGGCACAACAUCUGUUACAAAUGGAGAGCAUGAAGGAAGAUGGGAAGAGUCUUCACAGAAAAUCCAAGCUGCGUCCCUGUUUGCCGCCUCGAUUAGUAGUGAGGGACAUUCAGCAGUCCUGGAUGUUGGCAGUACGGAGGUUUUAGUUACUGGUGAAGUUUCUGCAGUUAAGCAAGCUCCUUGUAUACUGAAUCACCAAGGGUCUACACGAGGACCUAAUGAACCUACUGUGGAGUCUUUAGGAAGUGUUGGUGAUUGUACAGGUGAUUUCAUCCCAAAUACUGAGGAGACAACUGCCAGCGAUGUAAACCAUCCUGAUUUGUCCUCGAUGGAUGGGAUCACAUGUAUCUCAAAUAUGUAUGAUGAUGAAAUAUGGGAGAGCCCCAGUGUUCAAGUGUGAAAGACCCAAAAUAGUCGGUCUUAUUUUUUUUAUUUUUUAUUUUUUUGAUAUGAGUUUAUUAUGUAAAGACAGACUGUCUUGUAAAAUAAAUCACGUGAUGUGUAGUGAUGAAUUCUGAA